CACCCGGCCUCCUGUUUCUCUUUCCAUCCAUCAGGCAACACUGAGGGCCCCACAGUCUCCAGAGGCCGCCGACCAACCUUCCUUGGGACUUCUGUCUGGGCCUCAUCGCAAAACUGGACGGGAGGCCCCACGAUUGAUGAGUUUGCCCUGGGAGUCAGUGCGAAGGUGAAACCAAAGGUGAACAUGGGUCAGAAGGUCACCGGAGGGAUCAAGACUGUGGACAUGAGGGACCCCACAUACCGGCCCCUGAAGCAGGAGCUCCAGGGCCUGGACUACUGCAAGCCCACCCGCCUGGACCUGCUGCUAGACAUGCCCCCCGUGUCCUACGAUGUCCAGCUGCUCCACUCCUGGAACAACAAUGACCGAUCGCUCAAUGUCUUUGUGAAGGAAGACGACAAGCUGAUCUUUCACCGGCAUCCGGUGGCCCAGAGCACGGACGCCAUCAGGGGCAAAGUCGGGUACACGCGCGGGCUGCACGUAUGGCAGAUCACGUGGGCCAUGAGGCAGCGGGGCACCCACGCUGUGGUGGGGGUGGCGACAGCAGACGCCCCCCUGCACUCCGUCGGGUACACGACCCUCGUGGGGAAUAACCACGAGUCUUGGGGCUGGGACUUGGGGCGCAACCGGCUCUACCACGAUGGCAAAAACCAACCAAGCAAAACAUACCCGGCCUUUUUGGAGCCGGAUGAGACAUUUAUUGUCCCUGACUCGUUCCUCGUGGCCCUGGACAUGGAUGAUGGGACUCUGAGCUUCAUUGUGGAUGGACAGUACAUGGGAGUGGCUUUUCGAGGACUCAAGGGCAAAAAACUGUAUCCUGUAGUGAGCGCUGUCUGGGGCCACUGUGAGAUCCGCAUGCGCUACUUGAAUGGACUCGACCCCGAGCCCCUGCCGCUCAUGGAUCUCUGCCGCCGCUCGGUGCGCCUGGCCCUGGGCAAGGAGCGUCUGGGGGACAUCCACAUACUGCCGCUGCCGGCCUCCCUCAAGGCCUACCUCCUGUACCAAUGACGCUGCACUCCUGCAUCUCCAGCACGCCGGCCACCUGGUGCUGCUGCACCCUGCGCCUUGGACCGGGAUCCGGCCCCCGGGAGGGAGUGCCUGCUCCUCCUCCCCGUCCUCCCCGCCGCCCCCGCCGGCCGCCCACAGCUUGACACAGGCUCCUCCAGUCCCCGUCCCCACGGAGGCAGAAGCCCCCCGCGUGCCGCGUCCACAGGCCCUCUUCGGAAGAAGAC